AUGACCUGUUACCCGCGAAAACAGCCGAUAUUACCUCAGUUUUCAGUUUUGCAUGGAUAUCCGACUCAAAAGGAAAUUGAGAAUGGGAAAACAAAGGCCAACGCCAACCUACAGAGCGUAGCUGUAGCCUGUAGCCGGUGUGAAAUAUCGAUUCGCAUGAAUAUUGCGCUUCCCCCUACUUCAGCAUACAUCCACCUACCUUUUUGUCGAAAGCGCUGCCACUACUGCGACUUCCCAAUUGUUGCUCUCGACUCAUCUUCUAACCAAACCGAUGACGACCCACGAGCAUUAAACUAUAUACAAUUGCUUUGUCAAGAAAUUAAUGCCACUAGAAUAGAAUUUGAGACCAACCCUUCUUUGGAAAAGGUUUUUUUCAAGGGUGGUACACCUUUACUGGUGCCACCAAGACUUGUGGCAUCGGUUCUCAAAGUCUUGGGGAUGAAAUUUGGGUUGAGUUCAAAUGUUGAAAUAUCUAUGGAGAUGGACCUUGAGACUUUUGAUUCUAAGAAGGAGGAAUUGAUUGGGUUGGGCGUGAAUCGAGUACCUUUGGGAGUUCAGGCAUUUCAAGAAGAACUACUGAAGGUAUGUGGCAGGGCACACGGUUUGAAUGAGGUCUAUGAAGCCAUUGAAAUUGUUGGGUCAUGUGGGGUCGAGAAUUCGAGGGUUAUGUCUUCUUCAGUGGUGGUUGCAUCUUCUUCGACGAUGGCUGGUACCAGUUCUUUGUCCUCGACUUUGAGAUACGGUGCCGCGUUGUUCGAUGCGGGGAUGAGGAUGCGAAGGGGAAGGGUCAAGAAGGGGAAGGCCUGCGAACUGCAAAUUGGAAGGGGCUUUCAGCUGCAAAUGGGUUUUUGA